AUGUUGGGAUUAAUUUAUAUGGCUGGAAUUAUGAAAGGAAAUAAAUUGAACCUAGAAGAUCUAUGGAGAAAAGAUGGAUACGGAAUUGAAAUCUUUCAUUUGACAAUGUCUUUACAAAGAUUUAGAUUUUUAUUGAGAAAUAUAAAAUUUGACAAUGUUGAGACUAGACUAGAGGGAAGAGCGUUGGAUAAAUUGGCACCAAUUCGUAAGUUAUUUGACCUCUUUGUAUCUCAUUGUGUAAAAGGGUAUCACCAUUCUGAGUUCGUAACUAUAGAUGAAAUGCUUCCAGCUUUUUGCGAAAGAUGUGCCUUUCGCCAAUAUAUGCCAAAGAAACCAUCAAAAUAUGGUAUAAAAUUAUUUGCCUUGUGCGAUGCAAAAAUGUUUUACACAAGCAAUCUGGAGGUUUACGUUGGUACACAACCUGAGGGAAUAUAUAAAGUAUCCAAUGCUUCAGAAGAUGUAGUUACCAGGAUGUGCAGUCACAUAUCAGGCAGUGGACGAAACGUAACUAUGGACAACUGGUUUAUGUCGAUUUCUCUUGUUGACAAGUUACAAAUAAAUUUCAAAUUAACUUCAUAUGGUACAAUAAAGAAAAAUAGAAGAGGUCUGCCAUUGCAAUUUACAAUACCAUUUCUUAGACCACCACACUCCAGUAUGUUUGGAUUCAGACCAAACUGUACUUUAGUCUCCUAUUUACCCAAAAAGAAUAAAAAUAUACUACUGGUUUCUAGUUAUCAUAAAGAAGAUGAGAUCGAUGAAAGUACAAAUAAUCUAAAUAAACCAGUUAUGAUAAGAGACUAUAACAAGACCAAAGGAGGCGUAGAUACCGUGGACAAACUCUGUGCUUCGUACAAUUGUGCUAGAGGGACCAGGCGAUGGCCUAUGGUCGUUUUUUAUUUGAUGCUGAAUAAAGGGGGCAUUAAUUCCCAAGUAAUUUUUUGUGCGAAUAAUCCGACCAUCAACAUUUUAAGAAGAAAUUUUUUACGCGAUUUAGCAAAUGAUCUGAUUAAACCUCAUUUAGCUGCACGGGCAUGUUUGACAGGUCUUCCACGGAUACUGAAGCUUCGCCUUCAAGAAAUCACAGGCGUAGAAUCAACUGCUGUUGAAGUCAAUAUUCCACCAGGUCGAUGUGAGGAAUGUGGAUGGCGAAAAAAUAGAAAAACAAGAUUUUUUUGUUAUCUUCGUAGGAAAUAUAUAUGUUUGGAACAUGUUACAUCACUAUGUUCAGGGUGCAAACAACCCCCGAUGGAGGUUGAAUAA